AUGCCCGCCAAACAGAAGCAGCCCGUGUAUGUGCUUGGCGUGGGCAUGACCAAGUUCAUCAAGCCCCGCGGUAAAGUCGAUUACACGGAGCUCGGCUUCGAAGCCGGUGUUAAAGCUAUGCUCGACGCUCAUAUCAACUAUGACGACGUCGAGCAAGGUAUCGCUUGCUACUGCUACGGGGACUCUACUUGCGGCCAGCGCGUCUUCUAUCAGUUCGGCAUGACCCAAAUCCCCAUCCUCAAUGUCAAUAACAAUUGUUCUACUGGUUCUACCGGCCUUUCGAUGGCUCGGAACACCAUUGCUUACGGCGGUGCCGACUGCAUACUCGUAGUCGGCUUUGAGAAGAUGAUGCGCGGCAGUCUCCAGAGUUUCUUCAAUGAUAGGGAAAAUCCCACUGGUACCUCGGGAAAGAUGAUGGCGGAGACCCGCGGCUACACGAACGCCCCCGGCGCCGCGCAGAUGUUUGGUAAUGCUGGUCGGGAAUACAUAGAAAAGUUCGGCGCCAAACUUGAGGAUUUCGCAGAGAUCGGCAGGGUCAACCAUCAGCACUCUGUCAAUAACCCAUACUCCCAAUUCCAGGAUGUCUACACCUUAGAGCAAAUGCUCAAAUCACCCAUGAUCCAUGAGCCUCUCACCAAAUUGCAGUGUUGUCCCACGUCGGACGGUGGCGCCGCCGCAGUCCUUGUCUCGCAGGACUUCCUCGAUGCCAGGCCCCACUUAAAGGACCAGGCCAUACUAAUCGCGGGCCAGUGCAUGGCAACAGACUCGCCGAAUCUGUUCUCGCGCAGUGCGAUCGACCUAAUCGGCUUCGAGAUGAGCAAGCACGCGGCCGAGGUAGCGCUAGCUGAAGCCAAGGUCUCGCCGGCCGACGUCCAGGUCGUCGAGCUGCAUGACUGCUUCUCUGCCAACGAGAUGGUAACGUUAGACGCGCUAGGCUUAUGCGAACCCGGCAAGGCGCACGAGAUGGUACGCCGUGGUGACAUUACAUACGGCGGCAAGUACGUCGUCAACCCAUCCGGCGGGCUGAUCUCCAAAGGCCACCCCCUCGGCGCUACGGGGCUAGCCCAGUGCGCCGAGCUAGUCUGGCAUCUUCGCGGCUGGGCAAAUAACCGCGCUGUUCCGCAUACGAAGUAUGCACUCCAGCAUAAUCUAGGCCUAGGCGGCGCUGCCGUCGUCACGGUGUACUGUCGUCCGGACCACAGCGAGGCGCAGAAGCGAAGCUCGGCAGAUAUAGCUAAGGCGAAUGGCCUUGGGUAUAAUCCUGCUGUUGAGGCGAAAGGGUUUACGGCUGCGCAGUGCAAGAGCGUGCUUAGUAAGAAGGCGUCGAGCGCAUGGGCGUUGCAGGAUACGGAGAAGAAGGUCGAAGCGAGAUUUUGA